GAGUAACACUCUUUUGUUUCCUUACAAUGAAAGAAUAGUUUUUCUGCCAAAACUCAAAGUGUGGAAAUUUACUUGGGUUUCUACAUAUAUGAUCAAAUCGGAUGAAAUUUCCGUCGUUUCUUAUAUUUAAUUAAAACAUGGGGGAGCAGUUAUCUAGGGAACAAAUAAUCAAGAUCCAUCGUUAAGUAUUGUACCGUGCCGCAAAAUUUGUGUUCCUUUGUGCAUUUUCACUCGCCAAGGAUUUAAAGUCUCUAAGUUUAGCAAGCAAUUGACUUGAAGAUGGAGAAAGAUAAAGAUAAAGUAAUUGUAGCGAAGCCAAAACGAGAGGCAGGAGCGUUCUUAAAAGAUUUCCUGGCGGGCGGUAUAUCAGCCGCCGUGUCAAAGACCGCAGUAGCUCCAAUCGAACGAGUGAAGAUUCUUUUACAGGUGCAAGAUGUAAAUAAACAAGUCAAAAAGGAUAAGAGAUACAAAGGUAUCAUCGACGUUUUAGUACGUGUACCUAGGGAACAGGGAUUCUUCUCACUAUGGCGAGGCAACUUAGCAAAUGUUAUCCGGUACUUCCCGACACAAGCUCUAAACUUCGCCUUUAAGGACAAAUACAAAAGUAUGUUCCUUGGCGGUAUUGAUAAACACAAGCAGUUCUGGAAAUACUUCGCUGGCAAUCUAGCGGCUGGCGGGGCUGCCGGUGCAACUUCUAUGUGUUUCGUGUACCCUCUGGAUUUCGCACGAACCAGGUUAGCUGCUGAUAUCGGCAGAGGCAAAAACAAGCAGUUCCAUGGACUGAUCGACUGUCUAAUGAAGACUAUAAAGACAGACGGACCGUUGGGCUGGUACCGAGGCUUCGUGGUAUCGGUACAGGGUAUCAUCAUCUACCGCGCGACCUAUUUCGGUUUAUUUGACACUGCGAAGGCUUUUUUUCCUGACCCACACAACACUUCACUAUUUUUUACUUGGGUCAUUGCUCAGUCGGUGACGACAUUCGCGGGUAUCUGCUCGUACCCGCUGGACACGGUGCGGCGGCGAAUGAUGAUGCAGUCGGGAGUGCCUCCCGAACAGCGGCAGUACAAGAGUACGGCGCAUUGCUGGGCGGUCAUUUUAAAAAAUGAAGGUGGUCGUGCCUUCUUCAAAGGAGCCUUCUCCAACGUGCUAAGAGGCACAGGUGGAGCCUUCGUGCUUGUGUUGUAUGAUGAAAUCAAGAAAUUCCUAUGAGUCUUAAUGAUAGGUGUUAUAGCUGAAUGUAAUUAGAGUAAAGAUUUCGGACCACUGCAAAUAUCCACGAAUUAAUUGGGUGGUGGGUACUUUCUAUAUUGUCUACUUUUUAUUUAUUAACGGGUUCGACUUUGGACUCGUUCGUUUAAUACAGUUAUAUUUUAAUUUUUUUGAAA